AUGAGGGAGUUCGUCGUGCCUGUGAUUAUCCUUGGCCUAGGCAUAGCCUUCGAGACUCCCCUGGCCCUCCAUCCUCAAACCACACAAUCCGCCUCCCAUCUGCUGUCUCAUCUUUCUGAGAUCUCGUCUUAUACUUGGAAGACGAAAGAAAGGCCUUUACUGCAGGCUGUCUCGUGCUGCGGGUUUGCGUGCAUACAACACCCCGCCGUGUCUUAUCUUGCAGCCACGGGCCUGCUCGCCUUCAGCUCUCUCAUCUCUGAAAAGGAGGGGGAUACGAAUCGAUUUUCGACCUACGAUCAAACUGAAAUACCCCCGCGCCAACUUCGCCGGCGAAGCACAGUGACGACGUUGAAGCGAUGGGCGUCGAAGAGAGUGUCGCGUGCAUCGUUGAAUGAUACCCAAGGAAAUGAACUCAGCGAGAAGAACCUUUCAUCUCUAGAACACGAGACGCUAUAUCUUGGAGGAAACAACAAUACCAUCACGACAAAGGACUUGAACUUGAAAGAAAUAGCUGAAGGGGAGGAGUUGGCGAAGAGAACUGGGUCGAUUCAAGAAGUCGUCGAGACGCUUCCGCAUCGUGACUUGCAGGAAGACAGGUAUCCAUACAUUCUCCAAGAGUACGAUGCUUUUUGUCACGAGUUUACUUUGUCCGGCUCUCACCGGACGCAAAAGGAUUUCGACUUGUCAAUGGAAAUAGGACAGGAUGCCAAUGAUCCGAUAAUAGGCAAAUCCAAAAUAAACCAUACCUUGACCUCGCACUUGGCUGAAGAGUCUGGAUCUCCAUUCAGCAAUCUUGAAUAUCAAGCGAACAUAUCACAACCCCAAUUAAUGAACUCGAAAUGGGAGGAUACAGCUCCACAGACGCAAUCGAUUACUUCGAUGUACCCCGGGGGUCCGUCAACAAACGACGACAACUCGGGAAUUACUGGAAAAGAGACCGAUAUAUCAAUAUCCUCCUACCAGCCCCAACCCCCCCUCCUAUGUUAUGACUCCGCUUGUUUAUAUGGAGAUGCGGCGCGCCACUCGCGAGCGAAAACUAUCCCGGCAAAAAAGCCUCUGGCAACCGCUCAGGUCGCUAUUUUCAAACGAAUCGCUACAUAG